AUGGGCGAGAAAGAGCAGGAAAUCUCGCCAGCGCGAGAGCCUAGCGUUGAUGAAGGGCAAAUCGCUGCUGAGAAGCAGAUGCGCGACAUUGGUGCGGAUUUGUAUCUUGAAGUCCAGCAGUACUCAAGAGAAGAGCUGGAGGCGGAGCGGAAGAUUGUGCUUCGCAAGAUUGACUGGGUAAUCAUGCCAAUGAUUUGCAUGACCUACACAAUCCAAUUCCUCGACAAACUCAGCCUCAACUACGCAAAUGCGUAUUCUCUAACCCCUGAUCUCGGUCUCGAAGGCGACCGCUACAGCUGGGUAGCCGCCAUUUUCAACUUCGGUUACCUCUUCUGGGCGCUCCCAGCAAACUACCUUAUCCAACGGCUCCCCGUAUCAAAAUAUACAGGUUCCAUGAUUCUCCUCUGGUCCAUCCUACUCUGCUGUCACGUGGCGGCCAAGAACUACGCUGGAAUGCUCGCCCUCCGGUUCCUACUCGGAAUGUUCGAAGCCAGCAUUAGUCCAGCCAUCAUGAACAUCGUAAGCAUGUUUUACACGCGCGACGAACAACCGCUUCGCAUGUGCGUUUUCUUGGCUUUCAACGGCGUCGCCACUAUGGUCGGCGCUCUGCUGGGGUACGGCCUCGGUCACGCGCACUCAUCUCACAUCAAGACGUGGCAGCUUAUUUUCCUCGUCAUCGGCCUGUUGAACUUUGUCUGGGCGUGGGUGUUUCUCUGGGUGAUGCCAGAUAGCCCUUCAACAGCGAAGUUUCUCACGCACAAACAACGCAUCGUAGCCAUCGACCGCAUUGCCACCAACAACAUCGGUGUGAAAACUAAACACUUCCAAGCGCACCAAGCUCUCGAAGCUGUACUGGAUUUCAAGGUCCUCUGUAUUAGUCUCAUCGGCCUCUGCUGCGGUGUAAUCAACGGCGGUGUAUCGAAUUUCUCGUCUUCUCUACUCCGGGGCUUUGGUUUCUCAGGCAUUUACGCUACGCUCCUCCAGCUCCCCACAGGCGCUAUAGAAUUCCUCGUCGUACCACUUUGCGGUCUCGCAGCCGGCUACUUCAAGAACACGCGCUGCCUCAUCCUCGCUGUCGUGUGUCUGCCGCCGCUAGCAGGUCUUCUGGGCAUCCGCCUUAUCUCGCUAUCCCACCGUUGGAGUCUCGUAGGCUGCACGUGGCUGCAGUAUAUCGUCGGCGCCCCAGUCAUUCUGUCUUGGAAUCUACUUACUACCAACAUCGCGGGUCACACUAAGCGCAGUACGGCGAAUGGCAUGUGGUUUGUCUUUUACGCUGCGGGUAACAUCGCGGGCGCGAAUAUCUUCUUUGCGCGGGAGAAGCCAAGGUAUUACUCUGCGCUCACGGGACUCAUUGUGUGUUACUGCGCCAUGGUAGUGCUAGGAGGCGUACUGGCGGUGUGGAUGGGGUGGCAGAAUAAGAGGAGAGAUAGGCUUUGGGGUAAGGGACAGGAUGAGCAGGCGAUUCGGGAUGGGUUUAGUGACUUAACAGAUAUGCAGGCAAAGCAUUUUAGGUAUGCUUUGUGAGGCGAUGUUAUAUAUUCUGGGGUUUGCUUGAGUUGGAAAGACCUCUUUUAGCAGCCUAGUCCUGAUAAGUAGGAUAAACAAUGCAGAAACUGAUAUA